AUGGCGACCAUCGACGACUCUCCACCUGAACAUCCAGGGCGGCAUAGGACCUCUCCAGAGACCUCCUUCCGAACUAUCGCAGACCCGAGAAACGCGAGCACUUCCGACCUUUCCAGAUCUGCCUCUAGCUCCUCGAAACACGGCGAUGUUAACCCCGAAGUCGCGGCUUUGAGCGACAAGCUCAUUAGUGCCAUUAACCAUCAGACUACCCUGGACGAUACCCUUGCGCAGACGAGGCAGGAACUGGAGGCAUCAAGGGCACGGAUCGCGAAGCUAGAAGCAGAAGCCAAAGCCUACGAGGAGAGAAUAUCACGAGGAGAGCUUCUGCCCAAGGCGAAGCUCGAUGAGGACAAAGACAGGCUCAUUGCGGAACUGGCAGAGGAGAAGAAGCAGAAGGCUCAAGUGUUGCAGGAGAAGCGCGGAAUAGAGUCAGAGUUGGAAACCCUGACAGCGUCGCUUUUCGAUGAAGCAAACAAAAUGGUCGCCUCGGCCAACAAGGACCGCGAUGCUGUCGAAAAGAAGAAUCAACAGCUCCGCGACCAGAUCAAGGAUGGUGAAGCCGUCAUAGCCUCCCAAACGGAACAGUUGACGGAACUGAAAAUACUCAUGCAGCAGAUUGGGCCCGCCUCCGAUCACCGCAAGGAAAUUGACUCACCUCGUGUAUCGCUGGCACCGUCAAGUCCAGGUGUGACCCGAGAAGGAAGUGAUCUCGCGCGUCUCCUCGAAGCCAUGAAUCUCUCGCCGGUUACUCCCGAGCACGGUGAACUCGUGCCCAGUCCUUCUACACAACUUACCCAUCUUGUCAAACCACUUUGCAGGACGGAUAUCCCGGCCUACGAAGACUUCAAAAGCCUUGUACAGACAUCGCACUUCCGUUCUCAUAAUCCAUCACACGCACCUUCCAGAGCCGGGUCUGGCUCGUACGGCGGGCUCAACGUAAUGGGUCUUGGAUCUUUAAGCAACAGUUCUCAGACAAACCUUUCACAAAACUCGCAGCCAGCCACCUCAAAACUCGCCAAUUCCCCGAAUUUGCCCGGAUCAUUCAGUCCUAACCUGGACCCCAAGGGCCCGGCACCGCUUAAGGAGACGAAGUUUUUCAAGCGUCUUCUAGUCGAAGAUAUCGAACCUACUCUGCGGCUCGACAACUCCCCAUCACUUUCCUGGCUGAACAGACGCAGCAUACUUGCAGCCCUAGGAGAAUCGACGCUGAUCGUAGAACCUAUACCUGAAGCGUCGAUCAAAUUGUACGGCAAGUAUACGCCUUGCGCUAUUUGCGGCGAGAGUAGAAAGCAAGACGAAAAUCCUCGGACGCACGCUAUGCGUGUCCGCGAAGGCGAGGGCGCCACAAAAUGGUGUAUAUGCUCCCUCUGCCUGGAAAAGGUACGCGGAGUCGGCGACCUGGUAGCCUAUAUACGCAUGGUUCGCGAGGGUGUCGUCAAGGUUGGGGACAAGAAAGACGAGGAGGAUGCCUGGGAGGAACUUGUCCGGCUACGAGAACGCCUUUUCUGGGCAAGGAUGGCCGGAGGUGUGGUGCCAGCCUUUAUCCCGACACCGAAACAAACGCCCGUGGAUGGUGGGAAGAUGAGCGCCGAGCUUGAGCGCGCGAGGGAAGACAACAAGGAAAACAGUACGCCUGACAGAGAGGUGAUAACGCCGCCGGAACAAAUCGCAACAACAGAGCUAGGCGCCAACUCUGAGCGUUCGACGCCCGGUACCGACGAGCCUGACGAUGAAUCGCCGGAAGAAAAAGCCGCGCGACUCCAGCUCCAAAAUGGCCUCGAUGAAAGCCUCACCACGUUCGAGAACGUGCAAAACAAGAGGACAAGCCUCGGCGGUGGUCAGAACUCAUCAACCCCUCCUUCAACGCCUAUACAGCAGAGAAAUCACCCUAAAAAGGACUCUCUUGGCGGCAUCAGCUUCCCGAAAAUCAACAUUCCCAAGUUGCCGCAAGGAUUUUAG